AUGAGUUCUCAAUUUGCAAAUCGCCGAAAGCCCCGCAAAAUUGGUGGCGAUGAUGAGGAAAAUGACGCCGACGAGCAAGACUCCGGUCCUGUUGUCAAACGUCCUCCGACUUCGAAAACGAAGCAAAAGUCGAAAAUGCGCCUUUCGUUCGGUCCCGGCAGUACCUCGAUGGCGGACGAUGACGCACAGGAAAGCGAAGUUGUCAUUCCCAAACGACCUGGGCUCGCGAAACGUGCUCUAGAGAAGAGUGCCUUUCAGCGAUCCUUGACACCGUCGGGCGCAGGUGGUCAGAUCCCCCUCCGGGUAGGGCCUGAGCAGGAUAGGCCGAGUUACAACGACGAAUAUCUAAAAGAGCUCCGAAACUCGACCCCCUCUACGCCGAAGCCCGCCGCUGAGGAUGAAUCGGAGAAGACAAUUGAUGUGGCUGCCAAGUUUGGUGAGGUCAUGAAGGUUUCAACCCCUGCUGCUAUUCCCAGCGAAGCAGAGAUUAGAGAAAAGAAAGCUCGGAGAGCCCGAUUAGCGAAGGAAGAAGCGGCGCUUUCCACCGAGAAAGACUUCAUUUCCCUCGAGGAUGAUAUGGAAGAGGACGACUGGGAUCUUCAGGCGCGGCGGGAGGAUACGAGGCUUGUCCGUGACGAUGAAGAUUUCGCAGAAGGAUUUGACGAGUUUGUUGAGGACGGACGUAUAUCCCUUGGGAGGAAAGCAGAGAAAGAGCAGAAGCGAAAACAGCGGGAAGAAAUGCGUGAGCUUAUUGAUGAUGCUGAAGGUCUGUCGGAUGAGGAUGAUUCGGACUUGGAGGAAAAAGCAGCGUACGACGCCAGUCAGGCACGAGCUGCUAUGGGUGCGAGCAGAGACCCUAUUGACCGGCCGCGCACUCCGCCAAAGAUGACCUCGAUACCCCGUCUGUCGAACUCACUCGAGCGUUUGCGUAUGAACUUGGCGGUCCUAGAGAAGUCAAAGGCUCAGAUGAUCGACCGUAUGGAGGAACUGAGGAAGGAGAAGGCGGACAUAGCUGUUCGGGAAGUGGAAAUCCAGGCUUUGAUCAAAGAAGCCGGAGAUAAUUACGAGAAGCUUAAGCAGGAGGCUGGAAUCACUCCUGGCUCAGAUGGAAACCUCUCUACAGCCGAUGAGAUGGCGAAUUCGCGAGGCUUAGAGGGUCUUGGAAAUUCGGUGACAGCAUCUGCAAACAGCUCUGAGCAUGAGGAGCCUUGA